GGAUAAUCAGUGGCGCGCGUGGCCACCCCCCACGCCCGGGCCGGCGGGCCGGUGUGUCAUUCUGUGCCGCGGGCCCUGCGUUGUUUCUGAAGAGCCCCGCUGUUGUUGUGGCGUGGGAACGCUCCCGCGGCCAAGCCCCUGUCGUGGCCCGGACCUGUAGGAAGGCCGCGCCGGCGGCGGCCUUCGGACGGUGGGUGGGCCGGUCCGGUCCGGUGAGUGCGCAGAGUUGGUUCGGCGGAGAUUUUUCAAUGGGGCCUGCCGCCGCGGCCCCGCGUUGUCAUAUCCUUUCUUUUUAUGUUGAUGCUCACAUAUUGCAGCGCAGACGACGCACGGCGCUGGAGUUUUCUUUCGCUUCCU